GAAAAUCUUCGCUGCUUGGGAAAGAGAAACGCCUGCGAAGGGAUCUUUGUUUGCUUCUCGCUCCGUUCUGAAAUUAUUUGCAGAUCAGACGCACCCGCGAGACCUGCUAACCUUUGAACAAUAUUGGCAUGUAACAUCCUGCCUGGGAAUAAUGAUGAGUUAGGGGGAACCAGCGGCUGUGUGACGCGGUCCAGUUCAUUCAUUCAUUCAUUCACCCCGCACUCUCGGUGCUAUUGCGAACCCUUCUUCAUUCGCCACUUGCUAAAGGAAUCAUGCGCCGUAGGCUACGAGGAAAUCUAGGCUCCUCUGCAUUGCAUUGGCACCGCUGAGGCUGGAGAGCCAACCCACCCGCGACUGUGCUGCUGCUUAGGAGGAAGGAGGAGGAGGAGGAGGAGGGGAGGGGAGAGACAAGGAGACGCCGGGCACGCAAGCUGGGCAUCCGAGUCUCUCCCGGCACUGCCGCGACCGCCGGCACCAUCACGAGCCCCACUGCUGCGCCCUGUCUGCAGCCCACUCUCUAUGCACCACCAAGGAGGCGAGAGGCCGGCAUGGAGCUGCCCCGGGGGUCCCUCUGAGCGGUGUCAUGGUCCAAGGGACACUGCGGAGGAGAAGGUCCAGUUCCAGCCGGGAGUGGAGAUAGCGCCUUGGUAGAUCCUCCAGCCCCCAGCAGCAAGGGCGCAGCCGCCGCCGGAGCAGAUCCGCAACAGUCGAGCCUGCUGCUGGUGCAGAUUCCUAUCAAGGCGCUGGCUGGCUGGCUUUUUUUUUUUAAUUUUAAAAGUUUCUUUUCUUUCUUCCUUGAUCUGCGGAGUGGGCAGGCUUUGUUGAUUCGCGUCUCGGUCUCUCCCCGCGCCGCGCAUCCGCCAGCGAGGGCCGGAGGUGAGCAGGCAUCAUGGCGACUCUAAUCCGCAGCAAGAUCACCAAUGUGGCCACUUCGGUUUCCAACAAGUCCCAGGCGAAAGUCAGCGGCAUGUUCGCCCGCAUGGGCUUCCAGGCGGCCACGAACGAAGAGGCGGUGGGGUUUGCUCAUUGCGAUGACCUGGACUUCGAGCACAGGCAGGGGCUGCAGAUGGACAUCCUGAAGUCCGAGGGCAGCGAGGAAGGAGGAGAGCCGCCCUUGGAAGGGGAUACCCACUACCAGAGGGACGGCACUGGGCCCCCUCUGCCCCCUUCCGCCUCCAAGGACGAAGGCAUCUGCUCCGAGUUGUCCGGCCAAGGGAAGCCCAGGAUCACAGCCUGGGAAGCCGGCUGGAAUGUCACCAAUGCCAUCCAGGGAAUGUUUGUUCUUGGCCUGCCCUACGCUAUUCUUCACGGUGGAUACCUAGGACUCUUUUUAAUUAUUUUUGCAGCAGUGGUUUGCUGCUACACUGGGAAGAUCCUUAUUGCCUGUCUCUAUGAAGAGAAUGAAGACGGGGAGACAGUCAGGGUGAGAGACUCCUAUGUGGACAUUGCUAACGCGUGCUGCACUCCCAGGUUUCCCACGCUUGGGGGCAGGAUUGUGAAUGUGGCUCAGAUCAUAGAGCUGGUCAUGACCUGCAUCCUCUACGUGGUGGUGAGUGGCAACCUGAUGUACAACAGCUUCCCAACCUUGCCAGUCUCCCAGAAAUCUUGGUCCAUCAUUGCCACAGCUGUGCUCCUGCCGUGUGCUUUCUUGAAGAACCUCAAGGCUGUCUCCAAGUUCAGUUUGCUCUGUACAUUGGCUCAUUUUGUGAUCAACAUUUUGGUGAUCGCCUACUGCCUCUCCAGGGCACAUGACUGGGCGUGGGAUAAAGUCAAGUUUUACAUUGACGUGAAGAAAUUCCCCAUCUCCAUUGGCAUUAUUGUCUUCAGCUACACCUCUCAGAUCUUCCUGCCUUCCUUAGAAGGGAACAUGCAGAACCCUAAGGAGUUCCACUGCAUGAUGAACUGGACUCACAUUGCCGCUUGCAUCCUGAAAGGACUCUUUGCCUUGGUAGCCUACCUGACCUGGGCGGAUGACACUAAAGAAGUCAUCACAGACAACUUGCCGUCCACGAUUAGGGCCGUGGUUAACCUUUUCUUGGUGGCCAAAGCCUUGCUCUCCUAUCCACUGCCCUUCUUUGCAGCUGUGGAAGUUCUGGAGAGAUCCCUUUUCCAAGAUGGAAACAGGGCCUUCUUCCCUAACUGCUAUGGAGGUGAUGGGAGGCUCAAGUCCUGGGGGCUCACCCUCAGGUGUGCCCUGGUAGUUUUCACCUUGUUGAUGGCCAUCUAUGUCCCUCACUUUGCCCUCCUGAUGGGCCUCACAGGGAGCCUCACCGGUGCAGGCCUCUGCUUCCUCCUUCCCAGCCUCUUCCACCUCAAGCUGUUGUGGCGGAAGCUCUUAUGGCACCACGUCUUCUUUGACGUGGCCAUUUUUGUAAUAGGUGGUAUAUGCAGUGUGUCCGGGUUCAUUCAUUCUUUAGAAGGUCUCAUUGAGGCUUAUGGAACCAAUACAGAAGACUAGAGAAUGACGAGAGCUGGUUGCAUUCACGUGGAGGGGAGAGAUAAUCACACAGAACAUCCACAUAGCCAAACGAUUACACAUCCUCAUAAAGGAGAAGUGUUGUUCUUUUAGUUUGCAUCCAACAAAUUCUGUCACCAAACCUUAAGCAAAGUUGCCAGAUCAAAUGCUUGCCCUGCAGAUUUUUUAAAUGAAGACUGAGAAAAAAAAUAUAUAUUUUGUAUUAUUUAGAUAUUAUCAGAGAGAAAGAGAGAGAAUAUUUGAAAUAUUUCCCCGUCCUGUUCAUUUAGUAUAAUCUAACUCUCUAAUCUUUAUAAGGAAGGUGAACUGCUAGAUUUGGAAAUAACAAAAGGUUUCAUGGUAACAUUUUUGCAAGUAUUAUGCAAGUCAGUCUUGGGGAAAAUAACAUAUAUGGCAGCCCAAUUGCUCAGGACCAUUGAGCUGGCGAUCAUACACAAGCUGAUAAAGCCUAAUGCAAGAUCUAGAUCAUAUGAGCAACAAAUUAAAAUGGCAGCAUUGGCCAAUGAUGAGCCUAGCAAGCUGUAGUGUUUACAUUGCAUAUUAAAAAAAAAAUCCCCUGUAAAGACUGUUUAAUUCUUCUGUACCAACUCAUGACCAAUACCAGCACUUCCCUGUUUGAUUAAGAUCUUGGCCUCCAGCUGAAAUCAAGGACUUGAAGUUCAGUUCUGGACGGGGUGUUUUUAUUUCUAAAUUACAAAAAUCAAGUUGUUGGAUUUGAAAAGUAUUCUGGAUAUGAAGCAAAACACACACACACACACACACACACACACACACACACACACGAAAAACCAUUCUGUGCAACUACCAGAUCUGUGGAGCUGUUUCAAAUGUAUGUGUGGUGUAAUUGUGGUAAAUAAGAUGAAAAAUGUAUAUCAGAAAAUCUAUCUUUAACAUAUAAUGUGGUACAUAAAUAUAUCAAACAAUAAAAGGAAAUCAUAGUAA